CUUACAUAGUACGCACUGUUGUUAAAUUUGACCUACAUGGUAAAAAAUUUUUAAAAUUGAAAUGUUAAAUAGAAACUAGAAGUAUGUCGAAGGUAGUAACAGCUGCAAGUCUCAGUACAGGGCCACAACAAGAGAAAAUCAUUCAAGAUGUUGAAGAAUGUGUAAAGUUACUGGUAGAAAUAUUUCAAGAAUCAAGGACACCUAUUAAUGAUGAUGAUCAAACUCUACAGAGAUUUUGUGCCAAACUUGAACAUCUCUUUCAGAUGGAUAUGAAAGAAAAAUACUCACUACUAGGAAGAAGGAAAGAUUAUUGGGACUACUUUUGUGAUUGUUUGUCUUCAAAUAAAGGUUCCAAUGAUGGCAUCAAAUUUGUCAAAUCCUUGGGUGGUGAGCACAAGACAUCCUUAGGUAAAGGUCGAGCUUUGAUAAGAUUUUGUUUGGUACACAAUAGACUACCAGACAGCAUACAACAAUGUGUAAUAAAUGGUAAAGUUACAAGUGAUUACUUUUUUCCACAAAGUAUUUGGCUUAAGAAAGAGAAAUCUUCAACUAUAAUCUCAUGUCUGUAUGAUCUUAAUGAAGUGAAUUUUGACCUUUCAUCUCGAGGCUAUGACUUAGACAGUGCAUGGCCUUCAUUUGCAAAAAAAUCUGGAGGUAGUUUUUCGUGGAAUCCACCUAGUAGACGAAGUAGUAUCAGUAGUAUGGCGAGUGUUCAAACUACAGAUAAUACCAGUGUACUGAACAUGUCAAUACCUACUUUUGACUCUCAUGAAGUAGACAGAUUGAAUCAAGAUUUAGCUUAUUCAGAAAGUCUCCAGUCUGAGCUUAAAGGGAAGGUAGAAUCACUUCAGGAAGAGAAAUUUUUAUCUGACAAGUCAGCGUGGGUAACACAAGGAGAAUUAAUGGCUGUACAGAAUCAACUUCAAGAUAGCCAGGAACAGUUGGUCAAAUUACAAGAAGAUUAUGUUUAUAACCCAAAGAUC